AAAAAGGUUGGGAAACACGAUGGAAGUAUGGUUGGUUUAUAUGUUACAACGGCCUGCCAUAAUAAAACAAAACGGUGUUUUUUUUUCUGUAUUGCGCAUGCGUAUUGCGCUUUAAUCUAAACUGCAUGCAGAGCGCGCUAAURAAGAAACCAAUGAACAAAACACCAACAGCCUUCCCGUUUUUGCGGAUCUGUUCCAACAUAUUCUUGGUUCUUAUAUCUUUUUAGUUCGAAGAGAAGUCAAAUUAGAUGCAAAAGCCAAACGGACUGUUUUACACGUAGCCUGACGUUGGAGGGUUCCUAGCAUCACAAGCAUCAUCAUGGCUCACUGGACCACCUUCGAAAAGGAAACGGAGAAAGAAACGAAGAAGUUGAUAAAAUGUAUCAGCGGGAUCGAAGAUGAAGAGGACCAAAAUUUCCAACUUGCCCUAAAAUUUGCCUGGUCAAAUUUCAAGUUUCAUCGUUUUCUGGACGUUGACAGUCAUAAAGUUCAACGAAGCAUCAGUGGUAUCUAUGAAAAACUGAUGGUCCACUCAGACCUGAGUAAGGCAGGAAGCUGGAUGAGACUGACCGAGGAGUUUCUGAACUCACCGCUUCCUAACACACAGGAAACCAAGACAGACCCUCACUACAGCAUACUGUCACUGCUGCUCUUCCUCUCAGAUUCUCCCUCAAACACAAACUUUACAGAGAGACCCAGGGUGAAGGAAGCCGAACCAGAGGACAACUUCGACUGGGCCAAAUAUUUGAUGGAGGGCGAGGACAUUGACACCGGGCCGUAUCCUGAUACCCCUGAGUGGUCUGACGAUGAGAGCGAGGACGACGACAGUCAGCAGCCAAUCAGCAGGGAGGACUCUGGGAUCCAGUUGGACAGAACCCCCCAGGAGGACCAAGACAACGCCAGUGAAACAGUUCCAUUGGCGUGGACAGUGGGUGCACCUGACGCCCGAGCCUGGCUGGAGCAACACGUGGUGACACCGUACUGGGCGGCUCAUGCUYUUCGCUUUCCUCACAGCUUGCAUUUACACUCCAACUUGCUCAAUGUUUGGGAUCAGCACUUGUACAACACUGAUCCUCUGUAUCUGCCUGAAGAAAAGGCUUUUGUCACAGAGACCCAAGUGAUCCGAGAGACACUGUGGCUUUUCUCUGGUGUCAAGAAACAUUUUAUUUUCCAGCAACAUGAUGGGAAGGUAACAGUGAGGAAUAAUGUGGUGGUGACUCAUCUGACCAGUGACUGUUUGUACUCAGUGCUGGAGCACAUCGCUGUGUACGGUCAGGCCGUGUCCAGGCUCCAGAAGUUCAUAGACGAGGUGACGGGCUACAGCUCAGAGCCGUGCCCACCAGGCUCCGGCUCGUCCCACGGCUCCAGGAAGGGCUCCGAGCCUCCCUUCAGGACCUACCAGGCUUUUGUUUGGGCUCUCAACAAAUAUUUUACCAGCUUUAAAGAAGAGCUGACCACAAUAGAGAAAGAGCUAAUAAACAAUGAUGAGACGGUCACCCUGUCUGCGGUUUUGGAGCGACUUGGCUCUCACCUGGCUCAGAUCAAAGUGCUGCACAAAGUCUUCUGCACGGGCGUGGCUGAGGUUCCACCUGCCACCCCGAACGUUGUGCGGGCCUCUCACCUGCUCAACACCCUCUACAAGGCCAUCAUCGAGUACGACAGCGUCGGAGAGGCGUCGGAGCAAACUGUGGCUCUGCUGUUUUCUCUGUGGACAGAAACCGUCAGGCCGUAUUUAGAGAUUGUGGAUGAGUGGAUUGUUCACGGCCAUUUGUUUGACCCCGCUAAGGAGUUCAUCAUCCAGAGAAACAAGGACGUGCCUGUAAACCACAGGGACUUCUGGUACGCCACGUACACCCUGUACAGCGUGUCAGAGAUGGUGGAGGAGGAGAAGAUGAACGACGCAGCCAGCGGGAGCUCAGGAGGGGAGCAGAGCUCCAACAACAGGCAGCUCACCAUGGUGUCCUUCCUCAAACCCGUCCUGAAGCAGAUCAUCAUGGCAGGGAAGUCCAUGCAGCUGCUCCGAAAUCUGGACUGUAAGGAGACCGAGCAGUCACACAAAUCCUCCAGAGAUGCAGAGAGGAAGAGUUUAUACACUCUGUUUCUGGAGUCGGUGCAGUCGCGUCUGAGCAGCAGGGAGGAGACGCCCACGGAUGCUGUGACGGAGCAGCAGGCCACCAGCAGAAGCCUGAUAAAGAUGCAGUCCAUCAUGGCGCAGCACCUGGAGACCGACGACGUCCACGAUCCAUUAUUGGCCAUCAACUUCGCCAGGCUGUACUUGGAGCAGAGCGACUUCCACGAACGCUUCUCCGGAGGCGACUUCAUCGUGGACCGCUCGUCUCAGUCUGUCACCUGCCAGACGUUUGAGCUCACCCUGCGCUCCUGCCUCUACCCCCACAUCGAGAGGCGAUACAUCGAGUGCUGCGGGAACCUGAUGAGGACUCUGAAGAAAGACUACAGGCUGCUGGAGUACCUGCAGGCCAUGAGGAACUACUUCCUGCUGGAAGCUGGAGACACCAUGUACGACUUCUACACAGCCAUCUUUGAGAAGGUGCAGGAGAAGGAGAGCUGGCAGCAGCCCUCCUUUCUCAACGUGCAGCUGCAGGAAGCGGUGGGACAGCGCUACCCAGAGGAUAGCAGCAGAUUAUCAGUAUUUCUGGAGAACAUCGACCCCUCAAGGAAAAAGCAUCCAGUGAACAAUUUAGAGGCUCUAACCCUGAGUUACAAAGUCCCCUGGCCUGUCGACAUYGUGAUCAGCUCCGAGUGUCAGAAGAUUUACAAUCAAGUGUUUCUCCUCCUGCUGCAGAUUAAAUGGGCUAAAUACAGUUUGGAUGCACUUCGAUUCAGUGAUUUCACAGGCAUUGCAAAGAAGCUGGAAGGAUCCGUGGCUGAAGAAGUAAAAGUGAAAGAGCCAGUAAACCAGCAGAUCCACAGGAUGUGUCUGCUCCGAGUUAAACUCAUGCAUUUUGUCAACAGUCUUCACAACUACAUCAUGACCAGGAUUCUGCACAGUACAGGACUGGAGUUUCAGCACCAGGUUCAGGAAGCCAAAGACCUGGAUCAGCUGAUCAAGAUCCACUACAGAUAUUUGGCGACGAUCCACGACCGCUGCCUGUUGAGGGAGAAGGUCAGCUUCGUAAAGGAGGCCAUAGUCAAGGUUCUGAAUCUGGUCCUCAUCUUCUCAGAGCGAUGGCAGGCUGGGUUUGGUGCCUGGAAGCUGGAGUCCAUCGAUAAAAUGGAGUCAGAUUUUAAAAACUGUCACAUGUUCCUGGUGACGAUCCUCAACAAGGCAGUGUGUCGAGGCUCGUUUCCUCACUUGGAGUCUCUGGCGCUCUCUCUGAUGGCAGGAUUUGAGCAGUGCUGAGGAACCAAACAUUUCAGGGUUUUUUCUCUCUCAUCAAGCAUCAUCUGAUGAUGAUGAUGAUGAAGAACAUUUGUGACCUUCAGUUCAAAUCAAUGAAGAUGGAAGCAACAUUGUGAAUAUAUGUCUGCUAAUGUAUUUAAAAUGGUUUUGUACAUUAUUUUUUAUUAUUCUGUGUUAAUAAUGUACAUACUGUACAAUUAGAUUGAACAAAUUAAAGUGUGCACAGUAACACUCUUGAUUUAUUUGCACAUAAAAACAAAAGGAACAUUAUCUUUCCACAGUGUGUGUCUCAUAUUUUGUCAGGACAUUUAUACAAAAAUACAUUUUUUAAUAAAAGCUACCUGCUGCAGCUUUAAAAGUACAUUUAAAAGAUGAUACAAAAACCUAAUUAUCACAAACAAUAAAAAACUCAUAACUUGAGGUACAUAAACAAAAAAUCAUUCAUGGAAAGGUUUCUAUAUAAGAGUAACACGUGGGUGGUUAUAUAAUUUUUAACAAAAGAUUAUUAAAGAGGAAGAACUUGGAUUAAUAAGUAUGUUUGAACUUUAUUUUUAAACUUAAGAUGUGAAUUGUUGUGUUUUCCUAACAGAAAAUGAAAUGUGCUGCUUUGUUUGUCUUGUGUUAUAAAUAUCUACUUUUAA